AUGCCUACAGCGACAACCGAAGCACUCAGUGCCAAAGAGGCUAUUGAGAUUGUAGUAGAUCAGCUCGAUGAUCUCUAUAAUUUGGGAGCCAGUGAUGAUGAAAUAGACUUUCUGAGAGCAAUCUUGACAGAUGGUGUCUUGUUUCCAAUUAUUGAUAUACACGAAGACUUGGAGGUGAAAUUACCUCCGCCUCAAGGACAUGAAGCUGUGUCUGCUGCUACAGAUUUGUUGGAGUUCCUGGAGGACUUUCAUGACACUGCCGAGGGUGAGGAGCUGAAGGAGAUAUUGGCAAAUCCACACUUCAGGGCUUUGUUAGUUGUUCAUGAUGACAUCAUCAACAAAAACUUUGAAGGUGACAUUGACAAGUCUCAGAUGAUUACAAAAGGCCCGCAGUUACUGGGUCCCCUCCCUCCGGUGUUCACAGAUUUACAGGAACAGGUCCGUUAUGUCAACAUCAGGAAGUCACAGACAGAGCCAUUGGGUAUUACAGUCAAGCUGGAUGAGAAUAAUGACCUGCAAGUGGCCAGGAUUUUACAAGGCAGCAUUGUCGAUAAACAAGGGAUGCUUCAUGUUGGAGACAUCAUCCGCGAAGUGAAUGGCUUUCCCGUGGCCACUCCAGAGAUGAUGAUGGAACUGAUCAUAGAUUCUGAUCCUGACAUCACCUUGAAGAUUAUCCCAUCCUUCCAGCGUAUCAACAAAUCCGAGCCUGUUUACAUGAAAGCACAUUUCAGCUGGGACCCAGCUAAAGACCGACUGCUGCCAUGCAAGGAGGCAGGACUUCCUUUCAAUGAUGGAGACAUUCUAGAAAUUGUCAGCACAGAUGACACCAACUGGUGGCAGGCUCGUCUGGCUGACAUCAACGGCCCAGUUGGUCUGGUUCCGUCCCAGGCAUUGGAGGAGAAGCGAAAAUCUUUUGUCAACCCAGAUUUGGAUUACUCAAAGAGUAGCUUAUUCUGUGGCUUGACCAAAAAGAAAAAGAAAACAAUCAAAUACAGUUCAAAGGACAAUAAAGAGUUUGACAAGGCGGAUGUCAUGAUCUAUGAAGAGGUGCGUCGCAUGGCACCUUUUGAACGUCCAUUCUUGGUGCUUGUUGGUGCUAAAGGUGUGGGACGCAGGUCACUAAAGGAAAGAUUAAUCAAAGAUGAUCCACGAAGAUUUGGAACACCAAUAGCUCACACAUCCAGGGCUCCUCGAAACAAGGAAGUGGACGGCCAAGGCUACUAUUUCACUGACCGUGAGACCAUGGAGCGGGACAUUCUGGAGAAUAAAUAUGUGGAAUAUGGGGAGUUUAAUGGCAACCUUUAUGGGACAAGAGUGGACUCGUGCUGGGAUGUGGUCAAGCAAGGAAAGAUGUGUGUCCUUGAUGUUAGCCCCCUGGCUUUGAAAAUGUUGAAGACACAAGAGUUUAUGCCUUACAUUGUCUUCAUCGCUGCUCCCAGUGUAGAAGCUCUCAAGGUCAUGUACGAAGAGGGCCGACGAUUUGCCAGGGGUGGCCGGGGAGGACCUGUGGAGAUUAAAAGUGAGGAUGACUUUAUCAAAACUGUGAAAGAGAGUGCACAGAUAGAAAAGCAGUAUGGCAGCUACUUUGACGAAAUCAUCGUCAAUGAUAACUUUGAAGAAACUUACCGCCUCCUCCGCAAGUCUUUAAAUGACAUGAGAACCAAGGAGCAGUGGGUGCCUGUCAACUGGGUUCACUAA